CAUUCUCACAAUUAAAACUUUUGAAAACAUGUAGACGAUCCCGUCUGGGACCAUCAUUGCUGAAUGACCUUAUGACUGUGAAACUGGAAUCCCCAGAAAUUGUGGAGUUUAAUCCAGAUGAUGCCAUUGACAACUGGCUGUCUGGAUCUGUGAUGGGGAGAAGAAUGACAUACAGACGCCAGGAAAAGAAGGGAACUUCAGAAUCACAACAGUCUGUUGUUAUACAAUACGAUUCUGACACUGAAGAUGUCCAGCAGAUAUCAGGAUCACAAGAGUCUCAAAUAAGUCAAGAGUCACAUGACACAGACAGUGAUCAGGGUGUCACCGAGCCAGCUACCUUGGAGGAGGGUAUAUCUGUGCCACAGGAGGAAAUUCAUGAAGUGACAGAGUCUUACAUGCCACUUGAGAGGGACAUUAACAUUCUGUGUGACAAAGAUUCUGACCCAGAUAUUGAAGAAGAGUGUUUUGACUUUCAAGAUGAACUAUUGAACUUUGAUAAGUUAAUGGCAUUUAGCAGAGAAUAAAAAAUGAAUAUGAAAACAUGUUUUAUAAGAAAUUGCAUUUAAACUGAAAUAAAUGUGACAAGUUUCCUUCGAUUUUGUUUAAUGUCAUUCGGUCUGACAGAUUUCCUUUCGGUCUGACAGAUUUCCAUGGUUUGUCAGACCGAAUGUCUGACACUUUUUUUUAACUUUCGGGA